AUGGUGAGCGGCGAGCAACUCGUUAACGAGCUCUCCGCCUUUUCAACGUUGCUCCCUUUUCUCGCCUGUACCAUCGUAUUAACAACCCUCUUCUUGAAACGUAGUUUCAUCGGAAGGACCUCCGGCAAAAAGAUUCCGGGCCCAUGGAGGUUCCCAAUCAUUGGGAACCUCCACCAACUCGUCUCGGACGCCCUCCCCCACCAGCGCCUCUGCGACCUGGCCCGCGAACACGGGCCAGACCUGAUGCACCUCCAGCUCGGGGAGGUGCCACACAUAGUGGUCUCCUCCAGCAAGGCCGCGCGAGAAGUGAUGAAGACCCACGACGCCGUUUUCGCGUCCAGGCCGUCGCUCCUCGCCGCGGAAAUGCUGGCGUACGCCGGGAGCGAUCUGGUGUUCACCCGGUACGGAGAGAGCUACAGGCGCCUCCGCAAGAUCUGCGUGGCGGAGGUUCUCGGAGCGAGCCGAGUCCGGUACUUCCGGCCGGUCCGGGAGGCGGAGGUGGCCGAUCUCGUGCACAAGUUCUCCCUGAGGGCGGCUCAGGGGGAGGCGGUGGACAUCAGCAGGGAGAUGUUCUGGCUGUCGAGCCGGAUCACGUGCCGGACGGUGCUGGGGAAGGCGAGGGAGCUGGACGAUGGGUUUCUGAGGAUGGUGGAGAGUGUUUCGGAGGUAAUGGCCGGAUUCAAGGUGUCGGAUCUCUUCCCUUCCCUGAGAUUCCUCCCGGCGGUGACCGGGUAUAAGGCUCGGCUGAGGAGGAUGCAUCGGGAGAUGGAGUCGAUGCUCGAUGAGAUCAUUGAUGAACACAGGGAGAGAAGAGCGGCAAGGGCAGUACGAGGAGACGGCGGCGAUGAGGAGGAGGAUCUCGUUGACGUCCUCCUCAAUCUUCAAGCAAGCGGUAGCCCAGACUUCGACCUGACCAUGGACAACAUCAAAGGUGUCACUCUGGUAAGUACUGAAUCAUUCCCAAUCAAACUUAAUUAA